GAGAAUUGACGGUCGAAGGAAGUCGAAAACACCCAGAUCCCAAAGAAUACAGCGAGAGUUUCAUGAGCAGGAGAAGGAUCAACGCGAGAGACCUGUCGGAACGGUUCCCGUUCGUGGUCAGCAUCCAGGUCAAGGGCAAGCUGGUGUGCACCGGCUCCAUCAUCAGCAAGGAUGCUGUGGUCACUGCCGCGUCUUGUAUACCUAAAAAUAUGGCCCAUCGCAUGCCGAACAAGAUCUCAGUACGGAUCGGAACAGAGUUUGCGGAGCAGUACGGCAAACGGUUACCAGCGAUGCAUGUGGAGUUCCACCCACGUUACGAGUCUCACACGCUGAGGAACAACUUGGCCAUCAUCAGACUGAAGCUGGGGAAUCAUGGGAGGAACAGGAAGAUCAGGUUGGAUGAGGGAGACAGCCCGUUGCGCAGUGUACAGAUUUUGGGUUACGGCGCUGGAUCUGAAUACCACUUGGCAUACAAGCGGUUAGAGACGGCAUCCGUGGCCGUGGUGCCCUUGCAAGAAUGCAAAAAUGUUUUCUUAAGGAAUUUCGGGACCGAAGCUAACUUCUGCACCGACGUGGUGUCCACGAGGAGGUUCACGCAAUGUUAUGGUGACUUGGGCGCCCCAGCCGUGACGGGGGAUGUGCUGGUCGGGGUCGCUACGAUCGGGAGCCCUGUGUGCGGUCACACGCCCACUGUCUUCAGCAAGAUCAGCUACCACUACCGAUGGAUACUAUACAUCAUCAACCAGAAAUGGAUAACUCAGAGUUCAUAUCUAACUUCAGCUACACCUGGACACAUUAUACCGUCGACGCUCAUGUUCGAUGAUACCGACGUUCAAUCCGCAACUGUACUAAUGUACUACGAUGACGACGAACAAAUCGCAACAACAACUCAACCAACAGAAUCAAUAACAGUCAAUGAACCAUUUGACUACGGUUACGAAGAACAACCCACAACAACACAAGCAGCAGAAUCAGCAAAUCCCAUGCCCAGUGAUACAGAUCGUCUCUUUGAAGAAAUACGUAACAUUCUAAGUAUAUUGGCAGAUCCCAUGUAUAUUGUACACGAUUUUCUGAAAGAAGGUAACGAGGAUAAUAAACCGAUUACAGAAAGCGACAACGACGAAAUUGAUGAUGAUUUUGACAAAUAUUUUGAACAAGGUAAAAGCACUUUGAUGUAUAAAAAGCAUCCACUUUAUAACAAGAGUAUAAUACCAAUACCUGGAGUGCAUUUUGUACCGACAUCUACCACUAGGCUCCCUAGCACAGCAUUUUCUAGACCAGACAUCGGUCUACCGGACUGGCUACCUUAUCAAUACAUAGAGGAUUACAUCCAACAUAGUGAGGAACUGGAUUAUUAUAUAAAAAAAAUACAAAAAGAUAAAGGGAUUGAUGGGUUGUUUGGGACACAGAGAAGUGUGAAUCGUGCUAACCAGAGAGCCAGAACCAGAGAGAGCCCUCACAGAGAUCUGGGUGGAGUCCAUGAAAUUACUAGAGGAUUUUUGUGGGAUAAAAAUUUUCGUUAUUUACCAAAAGAUUCUGAACGAGGUGAUUUCAAGAAGGCACCAAGUAUGCGAGUGAAAAAUUAUAGAGCAAAGUAUCUAUCAAAAAAAUCAAAUAUAAAAAGUAGUUAAUGUCCGCAAUAAGUAAUAAUAAUAUCUGGGAAUUAAUACUUAAAAAAACACUUAAUUUAA